GCUGCCGCCACCCUGAGGAAAUCAAAACAAUCAAUACAAACACGUGUUCUCAAGAGAAACGAACUAAUCCCCGUGGAUUUUGACUUUUGGAAUCGUUGGGAGUGUGAAUGACUUGAGCGGUUAUGGGCAAGAAUCGGCGCAUCCGGGAAAAGGCCGACCAGAAACGGGAAGAGGAGGCCAAGAAACGCAAACUGUCUGAUCCGCAGGCCUUGGAACGCGCCACGCCACUGCCCAUCGACGAAUCGCGUUUAGAGCCCGUUCAGAAGAACAUCAAGAAAGAGGAGAAGCGAUUGAUCGUGGUACUCGAGUCCGCCCAUCUCGAGACCGUCAAAUCCGGUAGCAAAGGGUUCGGAUUGUUGAAUGUGGACGAGCACGCCGGAAUUCUGCGGAAAUACAACCGCGAUUUCUCGUCCUCGCGUCCGGAUAUCACUCAUCAGUGUCUGUUGAUGCUCUUGGAUUCGCCCUUGAAUCGAGCCGGACUUUUGCAAGUCUUCAUUCGCACCGCCCAAAAUGUGCUGAUUGAGAUCAAUCCCCAGACCCGCAUUCCCCGGACAUUUCCCCGAUUUGCGGGUUUGAUGGUGCAGUUGCUCCACAAGUUCUCCAUCAAAGCCUCCGAUUCCUCCAUCAAGUUGAUGAAAGUCAUCAAGAAUCCGGUCACCGAUCAUUUGCCCGUGGGUUGUCGGAAAGUGUUGAUGAGCUACGGCGCCGAGAAAGUGGUCAAACCCGCCGAAUUAGUCCCGACAGACUUGAAUGCCCCCAUUUGUUUGGUCAUCGGGGCCAUUGCCAAAGGGGCCAUUGACGUGGAUUACACCGAAGACAACGCUUGCAUCGGCAAUUAUCCGCUCUCCGCCGCCUUAACCUGUGCCAAGGUCACAUCGGCCUUUGAGGAGGCUUGGGGCGUAUUCUAAUUCUUAAACCGCCUCUAAUCUGCCCCUCGCUUAUUAUGGCCCACCCCAACAACACUUUGCCCGCCGCUCAGACGCUUCAGGUGAUUUAUGGCGAGGAUGCCAGUCGUGCCAGUUCAACCCAAGCCGUGACCCAAUUUUUGAGCCCCCUACUAC